UGUGGGAAAUCUUUCCAGUGGUGUGGAUUUCCCAUUUUAGCUUUAUAUGCUUUGAAGCUUAAACUGUGCACAUAUGUGCUUUCUCUGUAGUAGUCUAACACCACUCUAUCAUAAGUUCUUGAAAAGAUAACUCAUAAAAAAAUUAUGACCACAUAGAAUGGAUGGCCAUGAGUAGUUUAUAUACUGAUGAGGCUUUCAAUUAUUAAUGGAAUAAAGAAGGGAACUAGGAAUUGGUCCUCAGAGUUAAGGAUUUGAAAAUUGUUAGUCUAAAUUUACUAUUUCCCCCCAAAAAAAAUCACUUUGACCAGAAAGGAACUUCUUUUCCUUUUUAUCAAAUAAUGUUAAGCAGAUAUAAAGAAAGUGUUUUUUUACUGUUAAGAAAAUGGGGAUUUAGAGUUUGUUUAUUCUGAUGUUAGAAAGAUGAACUUUUCAGGAGGGACUGAUUUUCGAGUUAUUUCCCAUUACCUUUGCCAUAGAUCCAUGCUUAUACCAAAGAUCUUUGAUAUAGUCAGACUACUAGACUAAUCCUUUGUCAAAAUUUAGUCUUUUCCUUUUGCAUGGGACUUUCUUUCUCAGGCCAAAAGUUACAUUUUUAUGAAAUAUGACAGGAUUUUAUGCUUUGUUCUUAUCGUUCAUCUAUUUAUUAACAAUUUAAUCUGCAUAUCUUGUACUUUGUCUUGAUGUCUGGUUCAGUCUUGCUUCUCAGAUUGUUCGGUUAGUGUUUCGUGCAAGUUCACCUUGUUCCCCCUUGUUUAUCUCCGAUAUAUAUAUAAUGGACUUUAGUAUGUUGGUACUCGUAUGGAUAAUCUUUUUAUCCUCAAAUUGGUCUGAUCUAAUCUUGGAAAUCCAAUUCUUCUCAGCCUAGUCACUUCAUCAUUUGAGUGUUUUCGUGUGAUAUUAUCGCUUUAUGCUGUGGUUUUUAUCAUCUCUGUUCUAUCUAUGCAAGAAGCAUGGUUUUCAAUUUCAUUGGUUUUGUCAUUACAAUCUUUUUCUUAAUGCAUGUCUUUUCUACUAGUUAUACAUAUGAACUAUAUAACUUAAGCAUUGAGCAGCACAAGACUCGUAAAAAGAUACUGUAACCAUAUUUAGUGGCUUUGAUGUAGACUCAAUUACAUGGUCUGUAAAAUUCAUUUGUAAGGAGGCAAAAGUUAUGAUUCACAUAGUAACUUAAUAUGAUUGGUUUACUUGUGCCUCGUGGUGUUGGUGGCUGAAGCCUAUUAGAAAUUUGUUUUUUAAGCUGUCAAUUUAUUAACUUGGCAUUAUUUUUUGUUCUUUGGCUAUCUAGACAUGUUCCACUAUGACUUUACAUAUGGUAGAGGGCACCACAGGGUAUUUAUUAUCAUGUUUGUUGAAUUGAGAUGGCAAGUUGAGAAAAUUAGGUAAUGAUUUGGUUUCGCUCGACAAAAGAAAUAAGAAGUCUUUUAAGCAUCUUGUAAAUAAAAUCAAAUAACUAAAUGUUUAAUUUUUCUUUCCAUAAGUUAUCUCUACUUAGCCUUGUGUUUUCUUUAGUUAGUUUCAAGAUGCAUAGUUUAUUUAUUUUGACUUGUGACAAAUAAAUGCUUAAGAUAUCUGAAAUGAUUCUCUUAACUGGUUACCACCUUAAGAGAAUAAAUUUAAUCUUAUUUCAGGCACAAAGUCAUUUUUGUAUGAGUGAGUAUUCAAAAUGUUGUCAUGAUUCCCCUCGUUCGGUUUCUGCAUAAAAGUUCUCUGACUUCUCAAAUUUUUCAAGAAACUUAGAAAAUUCCUUGUGUUUGAAGCUCAUGGAUAGGUUUUGUUAAUUAGUCCAUGCAUGAGGAGAGUUGCAAGUGGUAACUAUAGAAGAUUCUGAUUUGGAGACAUUUUUUGGUAGUGCUUAGACAUAAAGGGGGAGAGUGAGCUAACGAUUAGCCGUUCUUCGGUUCUUCUUGUGAUUACUCACACACAAGUUUUCAAACACAACCACUAACCCUAGCUAAACAUGAUAACACCAGACAUCAACUUGGAAUGCGAAAAUGAUUCAGAUGUCAGCAGCCAAGUAGCCUCCAACGCAGCGUUUCAGAACUCAUCGUCGCCCAAUGUGUCGAAGGACAGCACCGCUGGCUCGUCCUGUCUCACCAAUUUCGUCAAACUUCAAGAAGAUCCAGGGUCUGUUUCCCUCGACUUGUCACUGCAGUUCAGCUCCAGCACUGAUGUUGAGUUGAAAGGAGGAGGCAGGGGUGAGAGUAGUAGCGACGUGGCUACGCACACGUCAGUAACAACAAUUCCGAGAGUCUUCUCUUGUAAUUACUGCAGGCGCAAGUUCUACAGCUCACAAGCGCUUGGCGGCCAUCAAAAUGCUCACAAGAGGGAGAGGACAAUGGCAAAACGCGCAAUGCGGAUGGGAAUUUUCUCUGGCAGGUACACUAGCUUAGCAUCUCUACCUCUUCAUGGUUCUGCAUUUCGAUCCCUAGGAGUUGAAGCUCAUUCUGCGGUACACCAAAGAGCUCUGUCAUCAUCUGAAAGGCUCCCUGAUGCAAGAGCUGGAGCCAAGUUUCAACAAAGUUACUAUGGAAUGCCAAUGUUCAUGGAGGACGACGAGGUGGAUCUGUUUUGGCCUGGAAGUUUCCGGCGGGUAGAUGAGGGCGUUGGUAGCCGAAGCAGUUUGGAAGUUCAAUUUGGCCAAAGUUUGGAAAAGAAUAUUGUGACAAGGCUGCCACCACCAAUAACACCGCCAAGAACAGAUUCGUCUUCGCCCGAUCUUACUUUAAAGCUCUAAGAUAGAUCAUUUUUAAGAGUAAAUUUUUAUUUAGAAAUGCUGCCAGUUAUGAUGUGAACUUUGUACAGUGAGAUUGCAUUUGUAAGGGCUGCAUUUUUUUUUUUGGUAUCUGCUUUCUGAUUCAUUAGCUAUGCUCCGUAUUAUGUAUAAGAAGUUUUGAAGGAUGAAAUUGAUUAUUAAGGAUUGUGAUAAUGUCCAAUCAAUGGUAUUAUGUUUGAAUUUUGAUGGUA